UUUUUUUUUUUUUUCCAAAUCCAACCUUACAUAGUGGCAUGGCAGUUUCUUUUAAAAUAUUCAUGGUUAUCAGUGAUGGGGACGGAUCUUGAAGAAGAACAAACCGACAUCGCUACGCGCUAGGCGGCUUCCCGUUGUUCGUUGAAAUCAGAAAUGGGUGUCCCAAGCUGCUCCCUUUUGUUCGUUGCCGAUUCAAAUAAUGAGGUGAAAUUGUAUUGUAUACACAACCAUUAAAAAUCGAUUCACUCUCUUUCUUUACCCAACCCAAUUUCACAAACUACACCGAUUUUCACUUUUUACUUCCCUUCUCUCCAAGAAACCUCAAGAGUCUUCGCGAUUUGGAGCCUUGUUGAAGAUACAGUGCUGUGAAGAAACGGGAUGGAGAAUCGGGAGGAUCUGAAUUCCAUUCUAGAGUUUUUACCGGUGGUUCUCCGGUCAUCAGCACUCUUUUGGCCUUCUCAAGUCGUUGAAGCACUCAAAGCACUCUCUAAAGGCCCCCAGCACAGCAAGGUUGACUCCGGCGAGGUCCUCUUCCUUGCCAUUUCUGACCUCCGUAACUCCCUCAACCUCUCCGCUGAUCCCCUCGCCUUUUCAACCGCUGAUGGUUUCUCCCUCUUCUUCGAUGAUCUGAUAUCGCGUUCCGAAGCAAACAAAUGGUUUGAAGGGACACUCCCAGCUUUGGCAGAUUCUCUAUUGCGGCUUCCAUCGAUGCUAGAAGCUCACUAUACAGGUGCAGAUUCCAUUACCUGUGUUGGUGCUAGGGCUGGACUCAAAACCAGUCUUCGCCUCUUGAAGUCGCAAGAGCCUGGCAUAGUUUUAAUCAGCCAGGAACUCAUCGGCGCUCUUCUUGCAUGCUCUUUCUUUUGUCUGUUUCCAAACACUAGCAGAGGUGCCAAUCAUCUUCAAUUGAUCAACUUUGAUCAUUUAUUUGCGAGCCUAUACGACAACUACAACGAAAAACAAGAAAACAAAAUCAAAUGCAUCAUUCAUUACUUUGAAAGAAUCCAUUCCAGUAUGCCACGUGGCAAUGUCUCAUUUGAGAGAAAAGUGCUUGCAAACAACCACAAUCUUAACUCCAUCCCUUGCCCAAAGGUUGAAUCUUGGAGUAAAUCUGUGGUCUCUCUAUGCCUGUUUGAGGUUUGUAAUUCAGGCUUAAUAGAAGAUACUUCAAAAGAAGCUCUAGAAGUGGAUUUUGCAAAUAAGUACCUUGGUGGAGGUGCUCUAACUAGAGGGUGUGUUCAGGAAGAAAUUCGUUUCAUGAUAAGUCCAGAAUUAAUAGCUGGCAUGCUUUUCUUGCCUUCAAUGGCAGAUAAUGAGGCUAUAGAAGUUAUUGGUGUUGAAAGAUUCUCUAAAUAUACAGGAUAUGCUUCUUCUUUUCGAUUUUCUGGUGAUUUCAUGGAUAAGAAAGAUAUUGAUAUGAUGAAAAGACAUAAAACCAGAAUAAUUGCAAUUGAUGCUUUAGUCAACCCUGGAGAAAGACAAUAUAGACAUGAAUUUCUUUUGAGGGAGAUUAACAAGGCGUUUUGUGGGUUUUGUGACUCUAGUAAGUCUGAAAAGUAUGAGAAGCUUUUUAAAGAUGAUGAAAAUUCAGAAGUAAAAUUUGAAGAAGAUGAAAUAGGAAUUGUUACUGGAAAUUGGGGAUGUGGAGCAUUUGGAGGAGACCCUGAAAUUAAAGCUAUUUUACAAUGGCUUGCAGCUUCACAGGCAUUAAGGCCUUUCAUGGUAUAUUACACAUUUAGCAUGGAGGCAUUAGAAACACUGGAAAAGGUAACAAAGUGGAUCAUGUUACAUAAAUGGAAUGUUGGAGAUCUAUGGAAUAUGGUAAUGGAAUACUCAUUCCAGAGAUCAAAGAGGGAAACAGGAAUUGGAUUCUUCAAUUGGCUUUUACCAUUAUUAUCUUCUCAUGACCCCAUGAUGUUGGAUUCCCCCCCACAAACUGUCUCCAAAGAUUUGGAAUGUAAAUAAUAAUAACAACAAAUGACUAAACUGCCCUUUGUUUAGUUCUUGUUCACUAAUAUCUUUAGAUACCUGUAAAAAUAUUUGAUUUAUCCUUUUUCUUUUAUUUAGAUAAUUUUUUUGAA